AUCUCUCUAUGUCUGCAUACACUAUUCUACGAUUGAUCGAAAAAGAAGCCGGUAGAAUGCACAUAUUCCUGAGAAUAUUUUUAUUUAUCUUACUGGUUUCGUUUAACAACGCCACUGAAGUUGACGUCAAUGGCUAUUUAACUUACUGCCCCUGCAUGGGUCGCUUUGGUAAUCAAGCUGAUCAUUUCUUAGGAGCACUAGCUUUUGCGAAAGCUCUAAAUCGUACACUAAUUUUGCCGCCAUGGGUUGAAUAUAAAAAGGGUGAAAUACGGUCCACGCAAGUACCUUUCGAUACUUAUUUCCAAGUGGAGGCAUUGCAGGAGUACCAUCGUGUUAUUUUAUUGUCUGAUUUUAUGCAACAAUUAGCACCAAAAAUUUGGCCUGAAGACAAACGUAUUUCCUUUUGCUACAUGGAAAGAAAGAGCUUAAGUCCCAGCAAGACCAAUAAGCCAGACUGCCAUGCAAAGGAUGGAAAUCCUUUUGGACCAUUUUGGGAUACCUACAACAUUUCGUUUGUGGGCUCUAAAUUCUAUAGUCCACUUAAUUUUGAUGUGCACCAUAGUAAUAUGGCUACGAAAUGGCAGGAGAAAUUUCCUGCUACCGAAUGGCCUAUUAUACCAUUCACUGGUGCGCCUGCUAGCUUCCCCGUGCAAUUGGAGAAUCGAAAACUGCACCGCUACAUGCGUUGGUCAAGUACAUAUGAAGACAUGAAGCGGACAUUUAUUAAACAUAAAUUACCGCGAGGCGCCUUUAUUGGUGUUCAUCUUCGCAAUGGCAUUGAUUGGGUGCGCGCCUGCGAACAUGUGCGGGAUAGUCAACAACUAUUCGCUUCACCUCAAUGUUUAGGUUAUAACAAUGAACGUGGAUCGCUAUAUUUUGAGCUGUGCUUACCAUCUAAAGAGCUAAUUAUCAGACAAAUUAAACGUUUGAUUAAGAGCGUUAAGCAAAGCAAUCCGCAGAACGAAAUACGUUCAGUAUUUGUGGCAGCAGAUGCUAAUCACAUGCUCUCGGAAUUGAACACAGCUUUAUCGCGCAUGAAUGUUACCGCCCAUAAAUUGAGCAAUGAUGACCCACACCUGGAUCUGGCCAUAUUGGGAAUGUCCAAUCAUUUUAUUGGUAACUGCAUUUCAUCGUUCAGUGCAUUUGUUAAAAGAGAACGGGACGUUAAAGGAUUACCGUCCUAUUUUUGGGCAUAUCCUAAAGAGAAGGAGCGCCAGCAUGCAAGGACACAUGAAGAGCUAUAGAAAAUGCGUUGCGCUUUACGACCAGACAAGAUAUCAAGUGUUUAACGCUGAUUAAAAGUUAUUUACCCAACAUUCAUCGCAUUCGAACUACUAGUAAUAAUUCUCAUAUACAAGUACAUACAUUUAUACAUCACUAGGAAUACAUACAUUCCUAAAUGAAUUUAAAGCAUUUUACUUCAAAACAUAUUUUUAAAGCAAUGUACUUUUAAUAUUUAAUAAAACUCAAACUAAACUUAA